AUGGCCGACCCCGACGAUCUUCGCAUCGCUGUAGGCAUCCCGUUGCCUGCCGAUGUCGACGAUGACUUUUUGGCCUUACGGCCGUCGACUCCUGAUCCUGACGAGCUUGUCACACUUAAAAGCAACGAAGAGGUCUUCACCUUCAGCAAGUCCACCCUGAUCAAAGACUCUGACUACUUCAGAGCAUGCCUCAAUAACUCCACCUUAGUCGAGGGGAGGACUUCCAUCAUCAAAUUCUACAACAUCGAAUCAGAGCUUCUCGAGGCUUAUCUCUGUAUCGUCGACAUCACAGCUGCGGGCGAAUCAAUCGACAUCGAGGAGUUCCUAGCCAGCAGCAACGGACCUAUGCAUGUGGAACUGAGCCAGUGUCUUCUGGAGUACUUGCAGAAGGGGGCAGUCACCAAGGAGGACAAGUCAUCAUCAGAGAGCAUCAAGUGGCUGUUCAACAUAUACAAGAACGCAUACAACACCUUGGAUUCCAGCAUCUCCGAUGAGGCCGAUCUUCAAUUCCAGAUUGUCGCAACCUGCUGUCUCCGAACUGACAUGGAUGAAACCUACGCCCUUGCCCGCAUUUCUUCUGAAAGCGACGCUUUUCUGGUAGCCAUGUUCAGAGCCGCAACCCAGCGCGUUAAUACUCUUCUGAAGCAGACCAAAUCUCUCGGCGCGAAGGUGAAGCGUCUCGAGAGGGAGAUCCGCAUCUUAAUCGAUCCAAGAGACUCGGAGGCGCAUCGCGACGAGCUGGCAAACUACGUGAGAGAUGGCUAUGACUCUUUCGAUGGCUAUACCGAUUCUUACCUAGAUGCUUGGUUCGUCGCACAUGGGGGUCCCUCAAAUUUUCAGCUCCCCAUUGCCAUAAUCAAUAUAAUGCCGGUAAGACACUUGAGCAGGACUUCCAAGCAGACCAAUGGUAUUCUGAGAAUUCAUGAUGCAUAG